GAACAAAGGAAAUGGACAAGCGAAUGUAGCAGCAAUCAGGGAUAUUGGGAUGUUUUCUUUCCCUCCUUCUAACUGUUUCUUUUCUUUCUUUUCUUCUUAGGUAGUGAUGUUCUCUUUUUGCUUGAGGUCCUUUUUGCACAGUAUGUUCUUUUUCCUCUUUGUUCCCGUCUCUUUUCUCUUGUGUUUCUCAAGUUGGUUUCUUAUGAAAAUAGGUUUCUUAUUCUCUCCUCCGGUGUUUUUCCAGAACUGUGAUCUCCUGAAAGAGCAAGAGAUGGAAGAAAAGUCGAAACUUGUAAAAUGCUUGCUAGCUAUCUUGGCGAGACUUUGGAGAUAACAACGAGACGAAGCAGGCGCCAGUCCUCAACCUAAACCACACAGAAGCCCACGACUAUCCU